AUGGUGACACUAAUCUAUCUAUCUAUCUAUCUAUCUAUCUAUCUAUCUAUCUAUCUAUCUAUCUAUCUAUCUAUCUAUCUAUCUAUCUAUGUCUCUUCUUAUCUAUCUCAGUCUCUUCUUAUCUAUCUAUCUAUCUAUCUAUCUAUCUAUCUAUCUAUCUAUCUAUCUAUCUAUCUAUCUAUCUAUCACAAUCUGUUCACUAUCUACCGCAAUCCGUUAUCUAUCUAUCUAUCUAUCUAUCUAUCUAUCACAAUCUGUUCACUAUCUACCGCAAUCCAUUAUCUAUCUAUCUAUCUAUCUAUCUAUCUAUCUAUCUAUCUAUCUAUCUAUCACAAUCUGUUCACUAUCUACCGCAAUCCGUUAUCUAUCUAUCUAUCUAUCUAUCUAUCACAAUUUGUUCACUAUCUACCGCAAUCCAUUAUCUAUCUAUCUAUCUAUCUAUCUAUCUAUCUAUCUCAAGCUCUUCUUAUCUAUCUAUCUCAGUCUCUUCAUUAUCUAUCUAUCUAUCAAUCACAAUCUGUUCACUAUCUACCGCAAUCAUCUAUCUAUCUAUCUAUCUAUCUAUCUAUCUAUCAGAUGGAGCUAAAAAAGCUGUUCUAUAUCUAUCUAUCUAUCUAUCUAUCUAUCUAUCUAUCUAUCUAUCUAUCUAUCAUGCAGUUUCUAUGUCUCUAUCUCUGUUCAUAUCUAUGUCUCUCCUAUUUUAAUGUGGGUCUAUUUCUGUUUGCUCAUAUCUACCAACCCAACAUUCUAUAUAAUGUCCAAAACUUGUUCCAUCACCCCCCCCCCACUCUUAUCUAUUUGUCACAUCUCUUUCUCUCAAUCAUUCAGUCCUUAUCAGAAACUGAACAGCAAAAAUAG